ACAGCAGGAGAUCGACAGUACGAGCAGUCGUGUACUAAAACUCGGGCAGAUAUCCUCGAAGAAUAUUAUCAAUACCAUGUCGUGGUUCAUCGUCGUUCCACGACCUCCUGGGAGGUCGUUUUAUUUGCACGACCGUCAGCACCCUUCUUGCAGCCGACGGCGUGGUGCUGUUUUUCGCGGCCACCAACCACGACUUCGACGUGCACACAGUGCUGGUGCCCGAAGAUGUUUUACUUGCUUGGACCAGCUAGAAGUUACGAGGAAAGUACUCGUUGCGCCGGGGUGGUGGUCGUGUCGCAUUCGCUUGUUGAUGUCGCGCCGCCUUGUUCAUCUAGAAGCUCUGCCGUUCCUCAUUUUCAUGGUGCCGCUCAUUCUCAUAUUCGAACAAAUUUUGACUUUUAUCCCGAUGAAGGAUGAUCAUGAUAGACGCCCUCCCUUAGAAGAGACACCACCACGACCCACUUCUGCCGUUAUUUUUGUCUCCGCGUCCAUUGCGGGUUUGACCAGACCGAUUUGCCCGGCUACUGGGUAUGGCCAUUGUGGAAAUGCAACUACCGUCAGAAUGAGCACUCAAGUCAACAUUUGGCAGGGCAGCCUAAAAAAGUGCGACGCGGACUGCCGGGGCCUGACGGACUGUGCGGCCUUUUCGUACGGGAUGGCCAAUAACGUCCGCCACAGGUGCUGGUUUUACGAAACCAGCGUCGGCUGUACUGGGGCAAGUUCCACCGCAGACGCCUACUCUUACACCACUUUCACCCUGGCCAGGAACACGGAGGCGUGCGUGGAUUCGUCCACCCUCGAGGAGCCUCCCAGCUGCCCGGUUGCGUUCGACGGAGGGUGCGAUAAACCGCCAGAGCAAUGGAUCGCCGCGAUGCACUACGAUCGGACUGAUUACACCAUCAAGGAGGGCAGGUACCUUUGUGCGAACACGCCCGACUGUGACAGUUUCUGGCUGGUUGGGUCUUCCGCUACGUCGGGCCGUCUCGUCUUGCGGAAGGCGGGAUGUACACUAAAGGCGAGUGAAGCGGGUAUCAAAGUGAAAAAUCUCCCUUCGCGAUAUUGAAACGAAAAUUUCUGUUGCUGCAUUUGUGUACACAAAGACAAAUCAGCUCUGUCUUGCAGUGAGGCACUGCAGGCAAAGCCUAAGCCUGUGUAUAUGUGUUUUGAUGUAGGUGCUUAGCAUAGCAGAGGCCUGCCAUGUAGCCGCAACAGCAUUACAAAUCGCCUGCAUAGGCCGGCGGUUUCUUUGGAUGUGCCCUCCUGCAAGAGAGACAGGAUUUGUGGCCACGAAUCAGCAGCACAAAUAUUUAGGAACAUACCUGCUCAAUAUGGGGAGGGGGGGUUUUUUCUCGCAAUAGCGGGAAGCGAGCGGGGUUUUCUGUUAAGCGAAUGCCCGCCCACCACAUCAACGACGACGACCACAACGACGACCACAGCACGUGUGGACACUCUCCAGACGCCGCUGUGCCCCGCGGAGUGGGCGGGCGCAAGCUUCGGCACGAGCCUGGGUUGGUGCACCAACCAGGAAAGCAACAAGAAGCUGCAUGUGAACACGAAUGCCGGGAACACGAUUCUCACUUGCGACCUGGUAUGCAUUGCAAAAAUCUCUGGGUUUGGAAGAGUGCAAGUUUGUCAUGCUUCUCUGGCAUAAGCAUGACUCAUACUUAAAUCUGUGAUGCGUGAGCCAAUAUGUAUAGGCGUGGAGUUACCCGUGCGGCAAAGAGCUCUGCCGCCGAUCCAACGAUGAUGAUGAUGAUGAUGAUGGGCAGGAAUAAGCCCUCUUGCCUGUCAUGCAAAAACGCCGUUUGCUAUGGUAUGCGGAAUCCGAAACACAAUAGCAGCUCAAAAUCUUGUCAUGCUUGGCUGCGUAUUGCAAUGCGCCCAGCAGUCACAUUUUAGCAUCACAAGUUCAUGUUCAUCCCAGACCCAGAUCGAUAUUUGCAGUUGAUACCUGGAGUGCCGACUAACGCCGACUUGCACCCACUACGUCAUGGACAACAGCGCGACCCCCGUCUCGUGCACCUUCUACUCCGAGGGCUGCGCCUUCGGCGACCGUCCGCACGAGACGGUGAACGACGUGGUAAAAAAGUUGAUUGCGUUUUUAUCAUUUGUAAAAACGUCCCCACACCAGAGUCAAGAUGGGAAAUCUGCUAGACAAAUCAUCCAGCUUCGGUCGUUUGGCAUGACAAGUAUUUCCUCGUAGUGUAAUCCUGUUUAGGUAGUUCAGCAGCAUUUUUACAGAUCUAGCAUACCAUGCGGAUUAUAGCAGCUCAAAUUCUAAAACACCACUAUAAAACGGCUCUCAUGGCGCUCCGCAUGACAAACUUUUUUGGCAUGCAGAUUUGCAUGACAGCUCUGGGGUGGGGACGUUUUUCCUCAGGAUAGUUUUCCGUGGCCCGCAACGCGGCUAGCUGCAUCGACAUGCACGAAGUUCCACGCCUGGACGAUCCGGACACCAAAUGCGUGAGCGUGGUCAAGGGCUGCGCGACCGCAGCAUCGGGCGCGAACGCUCGGAACACGAUGACGCUGUACUCCUACCAGGACCGGGAGUACGGGUUGGAGGAGUGUCGGUACCUUUGUGCGAUGACGGAGAAGUGCGUGCAGUUUCAUCUGAAUUCCAACUAUCUGUCGGGAACCAGCACCCGGCCCGGGUGCACCCUGCUGAAGGGAAAAAGCUGCACCGAACCGGACCCUAUCCCGUGCAUGCAAAAGUAUCGCACUCGUAGGGAUUGCAGUCAUGCAUUGCAAAUAUCCACUCCAAGGCAGACGUAAAACAGCAUUGACAAAUGGUCUGCGCUACUUUGUAAUGCAGUAUACUCGCUACCAACCGCAACCAGUAUCGGAUUAUAGAUACUUUUGCGAUGCAUAGACCCGGUCCAAAGCUACGACAACUGGAAAGGGUACAACUUGGACGCCUGCCCCAUCCGCGGGAGCGUGUGCCCCGCGGUGGGGCAGGGGAAUUACGAGGAUGGCUCGUGGUGGACCACCACGAGUAUCACGCGCGUCGACCAGGCGACCUCGACCUGGGACACUUUUGUGACGGACUACGAUCACUUUUGCCGGGGCCGCGGGUACCACCGUGUGUGCGGGACGAUCAUGAAGGACGCUGGCGGCGGGGGUAUCGGUAUCGAAAGGAAAAAAAAACCCUCCCCAUAUCAAAAGAAGCGAAACUUCUGAUGCUGGAUUUUUUGUGUAAGUACACAAAUCCGAGCUGUCUUGCUGGAGAGCACUGCAGGCCCAUAUCAAGCGUGAGUACAGAGUUUUUGGCCUAGGUGCUUAGCAUGAAAAACAUCCGCGCCGUAGGCCCAACAGCAUGACAAACCGCCUGCACAAACACAAUGCGGCGGAGCCUGCGGAGUUGCCGUCUUGCAAGACGGACACGAUUUGUGAGCACGAAUCAGCAGCACAAAUGUCCAAAAAUGUACCUUGUGGAGGGGGGACGUUUUCUUACGAUAGUCGGCUCCUUCGCGCAGACCGGCGGCCUCUGGAAGCCCGCUUCCAUGUCCUACAUGAAGUUUGACCUCGCCCUGUAUCAAGAAGAAAAAUCCCCCCUCUGUGACGCGGGAUUUGUGUACACAAAUCGGCUUUGUCUUGCAGUGAAAGACCACAACCAGAUACAAAGCCAGAGUAGGGGCGCUUUGGUGUAGGCGCCUAGCAAGGCAGGCGUGUCCUCCGUAGGCCAUACAGCAUUACAAAUUGCCCGCAGAACCAUGCGGCGGAGUUUUUGGAUCUGCCUUCUUGCAACACAGAGACGAUUUGUGGUCUCAGAUCAGCAUCACAAAUUUUCGGAAGUAUCCCUUUUUGUUAUGGGGAGGAGGGAUUUUUCCUCGCAAUACCCUGAACGAUCACAAGUGCCGGAAGUACGUACCCCGGGUGGAUCAGACCAGCUGCCCCGUUGCCUUUACCAGCCCGUGCGGAGGAAACUCUAUCAACUGCAAAUAUCCCUGGAUGUCUGGAAGAGUGCAAACGUGUCAUGCAGGUUUUCCAUGGCCCAUGAGGUCUGGAAGUGGAAUGCGGGACCUGAUAUGACAGACUCUGUGGGGCGGUCUCUGUCAUGCCUAUCCUGCAUGAGAAAUCCCCCUUUCCAACUUGGUCGAAAAUGGACAGCUUUUGGAACUCAUGCAGCACAGAUUUUUGCCUGAUUCAGAUUUAGCAUGACAAGUUGCAAUCUGCCAGUCCCACACAUAUUUCUUUGCAAUCGAUAAACUCAGACGGUUCCCGCAACUUGUACACCGCCACCCACACCUAUGCAAGGAAAAAACUGUGUAAGUGUAACUUUGUCUUGCAGAUGUUGCAAUACAGUUACGCUUGUCAUGCUGGAUAUGCAUCAGAUACAGAGGCUAUUUUCUUACGUGUUUUCGCGUACUAGCUACGCAUAGCAGGUUUUCUCUGUCGUGCAAAACAAAUCUGUGAUGCUGUUCCUGCAAAAAAGAUACACUUACACACUUUUUUUCUUGGAUAACACCGCGACCUACAACUACUAAAGCGAAAAAAGCCCCCUCCACCCCAUACUCAAAGACAAUUCGUGUUGCUGGAUUUGUGUACACAAAUGAACUAGAGCUUGCCGGCAUAUUCUAUAGCCCAUUUUUUGAAAACGCAUCCGGCUAGCAGCUGCGCAUGAGAAACCAGUCUGACAUACACGAAAACUCAUGGCAGACUGGCUGCACAAUGCGCCACAUGGGUGCUGUUUGCCUUGUACGCAAGACAAAGGAAGCUGAUUUGUGACCACAAAUCACAAACGUCCUUUUUGUUUACGGGAAUUGGAGACUUUUCCUCACAAUAACAACGGGCAGAAGUACUCCGUGGCCGACUGUCGGUAUUUGUGCGCCGAAACGCCGCAGUGCAGUAGCUUCAUCGUGCAAGCCUCCACCGAGGUGUGUACGCUGUACAAGCAAGGUAUGGAAGUGUCAGGAUUGAAAUCGUCAAAGUUGAAAUAAUUCCUCAUGCAUAAAUUGCAAGGCGCGAAAUGUCUCUCUUGCAGGGGUGGCAAGUGAGGCCGACGGUCCUCCUGUUUGGGGUCUACGAUAUAGCUGCUAAAGUAACAUGACAAAAGACACUUUCUGUCCCUAAAAAGCAUUACAAACUGGAUCGAGACGGUGCCGAAAUUUGUCAUGCGCCGCUUAGAAUAAAUUGGGCUUCCAACUGGGAUCGAUUUUAUGCUUGACUCCGCGACCCGGUGGCCUGCGCCUGACCAUGAUCUACGGAAAGGUGCCCUAUGGGCGGUUGCGUUUGUGGUUUCGGUCGGUUUAGCAUUACAAGUUAUUUCAACUUUGUCGGUUUCAAUACAUUCCCAUACAAGGCUGUACAGCGGACUCAACCGACGCGGACUACGAGGGGUACCAUUUGGCUUCCUGCCACUUGAAGGACGACGGCAUAAUUGGAAGCUUCGUCCCGCCCAGCGCGUUGUUGGAAACCUACCACACCCUCGAUUCGUCCAGCAAUGGAAGUCCCCUGUGGCGGCCUGAGUACGAUUUUGGCAGCUACUCGAAGGACACAGAAUUUUUCUCGGUGAAAGGAGGCUAUUGCGCGACCUUCAAGCAGUGGCACCAGGUCGAGUUCCGCGACGGGGAGGCCCAUUUUGUCACGGGGAUGAUGCUACGCAUUGCAAAUAUGUAGAAAUAUGAUGCCUGGGUCUGGAAACUGAAACUUGUGAUGCAAAGCAACAAAGGGAAUAUUAGUCAGCGCACGACAUCACUACACUGGAAAAAUGCGCUGCCAGGCAUGACAAUUUUUUCCGUGGUUCUGUGCGGCGUAGUUCUCUGCAUGAAAAAAAAAAUCCGUUCAUUUUGCAUGGCAGACAAGAGGAGCUCUUCGUCUUCGCGGGCGCGCAACACAGAGUUCAGAGUCAACAAAAUUUCAGGGUCUCCGCGCGUAUCCCACACCCUGUUGUCUUUGGUUAUGUGAAAUCUGUCCUGCGCCAAUGGGGCAGUGACAGUGAGUGCGCAGCUUAAUUUAGCAACUUAAGAAGGCAGGCCACUACCGGGGCCGGCAGCUUCCGGAGUCACGGACCCGGAUAAUUUUUGAAUCUCUGGCAAACGCCUGUUCGUCUCGGAGGUACUCGUCGCAGUCUCAAUAUGCAGAAGGCCAUAUCUUCGCGGCCGCGCAACACAGAGUUCAGAGUCAACAUGGCAGACUAGUCGCUGACAAGUUUCGCAAUCUUCCAGGCCCAAACCGAUAUUUGCGGUUGAUAGAUGCUUUUCCGUAAACGCGAACCCCCCAACGAUUCAGCGCGAGUAGUCAACCAAGUCGAGCACAGCCUGGACGGUACCGGUUGGACCGCCGUAACAAGUCCAGGGGCAUUGUCGCCCACGGGUACCUAUGCAUUGCAAAUAUGUCUGGGUCUGGAAGGAUACAACUUGUCAUGCUAAGUCUGGAUAGUGCAAAAAUUUGUGUUGCAUGAUUACCAAUAGGUGUCCACUUCUGAACAAGUUUAGUGGGGGCAGUUUGUCAUGCAGGAUAGACAUGAUGUUGAUGAUAGAUGAUAGAGACUUCGCAGAACCUGUCAUGCUAGGUCCUGCAUUGCAGACAUCAUGGUUAUGGGGCAUGGAAAAUAUGCAUGACAAGUUUCAGAUAUCCACGUAUAUUUACAUUUGAUAGUACCUGGGUCACGCUGAACCAGAAUGCGAGGAAGCUCCGGGUGUCGUCGAGCACAAGCAGCGGAAUGGUGACGUACUGCGGUAUUUGGGUCUACGAGACCACCACGACCACCACUACGCCUGUGUCUUACAUGCCGGCAGCCACCGCCGCCCCUGUCGAUGUCCAGCUUAUCAAAUGUAAAAAUGUCUGGGUCUGGAAGAAUACAACUUGUCAUGCUGUUUUUGGACUCUAAAAAAUAUUGGUAUUGCAUGACCAGCAAGAGGGGUCCGGUUUGUGGUUGUGCUACGCGGACAGGGUAUUUCUCAUGCAGAAGGUGCAUCAGGAAGCCGUGUAAAAGUCUGUGAUGCUAGGUCAUGCGUUACAGGCAUCAUGGAUCAUGAGAAAUAUGCAUGACAAAACCCGGCAAUCUUCCAGACCCAGACACUUUUACAUUUCAUACAGCUCCUGGUCGACCCAAUCUGCGUGGCGGAGUUUGCCGGGACGUGCGUCGGCGGGCCGUUUAUCAAGGUAAACGGAAACAACUACUUCAAUCUAGCAGGCCAGGUGGGCGGCUUGCAGGGUUGCGACAAAAAGUGUCGCGACUUCGCUGCGUCAGGCGUUGCUGGUCAGGAGUGUGAGUCGUUCCGCUGGGACGCUGGAAUACAUGGGGGCAGCCGAAAGCAGCGGUGUCACUACUUUCGAGCGGGUUGCGUGGCUGCGGGUACGCAAUCCAACUCGGACUUGCACGACUUCACAAUCUUCACACUCCAAAAGAACAGGGGCUCGUGCAUGAGUGCGCACGAGGUGCCGGCAAUCAGCACGGACGCCGGGGUAUCAAAUGUAAAAACGUCUGGGUCUGGAAGAAUGCGAACCUGUCAUGCAGAUUUUACAUGGCCCGUGACGUCUGUGAUGUAUUCCCUGGCAUCACAGAUUUUCUGAGUGCUUCUUGAUGCCUAUUCCGCAUGACAAAUGGCCUCCCCGCGUAGCAGGAACUGGGCUCCUUUUGCUGGUCAUGCAAUACAGAUUUUUCUAGAAUCCAAAAUUAGCAUGACAAACAUAAAUUCUUCCAGACCCAGACAUUUUUACAGUUGAUACGGGGAUUGCGACGCCGCGUACAACGGGGCGUGCACCGCGCCUGGGGACGUUGAUGACGGCACGUUGCUUGCCACUUACCACUACCGCAACUUCAAGCUCUCGGAGUGUCGCUGGCUGUGCGCCAUGACGGAGGGCUGCGCCUCUUUUUUUCUUAGACAAGGUACCGGCAUCUGUAAGGUGUAUAAAACAGGGUGCAUAUUACAAGGAAAAAUGCCCCCACCCCCAAAGUUGCAAUAAUUACUAUCUAAACUGCAGCAGCUGGUCAAAAAUGCAUGCGAGGGGUAUGUUCGGGGGUGUGUCAGGGGUAUGCAAAUGGCAGUCAAUCACGACCUGAAUACAAAUUUUUGGCGAAAAAGCAGAAGGUGGGGUAUAAACAUACCCCAGACACACCCCAGACACACCCCAGGCAUACCCCAGACAGACCCCCGAACACACCCCAGGCAAAAAGUCCGAACAUACCCCAGACACACCCCGGACACACCCCGGGCAGACUUUCGGACACACCCCGGACAGACUUUCGGACACACCCCGGCCAAACUUUCGGACUUUGCCACGCGAGGUUUGGCCCCGAAGUCCAGUCUGUCACGCGUCGCGAGGCGGACCGUGCGGCCACGGGGCGAAAGCCCUUUUGGGCAGUUGCUGCAGUUUAAAUGAAGUUACUAUUUAAACUGCACCAACUGCCCAAAAGUGAUCAUUUGGGGGGUGUUCCGGGGUAUGUUCCGACCCAUGUUCCGGGGUAUCAAUCACGACCUAACUCGGCCAUUUCCUCAUGCACCCCCCAAAACAUACCCCACACCUGACUCCGGAAAAGUGACACCCGGCCCCGGAGGUCACUUUUCGAGAGUCGGGCCCGACCCCGGACCUGACUGUCGGAAAGUGGCUUUCGGGGCAUGGUCUGGGGUGUGUUUCGGGGUGUGUUCUGGGGUGUGUUCCGGGGUAUGUUUCGACCCCUGUUCCGGGGUAUCAGACACGACCGGAACCGGCAAAAACCUCCUGCACAACUCAAAACAUGCCCCCCACCCGACUUCGGAAAAGGAACACCCGACCCCGGGGGCCGCUUUUCAAGAGUCAGGCCCGACCCCGGGGGCCAAAGGUUGGCUGCCUAUUCAUUGGGGGGGGCGCCCCGCCCAGGGGCGCAGAAACAGGUCUGUGCGCCCUGGUUCGGGAGAACAGGCUCCAGGAAGGUGGCCGCGCCCCCCCCUCACAUGGUCGUGGGUAGUCCUUUUGGGGGGCGCCCCGCCCAGGGGCGCAGAAACAGGUCCGCGCGCCCACUCUGGUUCGGGGGAAUGAACAGGCUCCAGGAAGGCCGCGCCCGCGGUUGGUCGUGGGAGGGUAGUCCUUUGGGGGGGCGCCCCGCCCAGGGGCGCAGAAACAGGUCCACGCGCCGCGCCCUUGGAAGGCCGCGCCCUCGGCUGGUCUUGGGUAGUCCUUUGGGGGGGGCGCCCCGCCCAGAGGCGCAGAAACAGGUCUGCGCGCCCACCCUGGUUCGGGAGAACAGGCUCCACGAAGGCCGCGCCCUCGGUUGGUAGCGGGUAGUCCUUCGGGGGGGCGCCCCGCCCAGGGGCGCAGAAACAGGUCCACGCGCCCUGGCAAGGCCGCGCCCUCGGUUGGUCUUGGGUAGUCCUUUGGGGGGGCGCCCCGCCCAGGGGCGCAGAAACAGGCCCGCGCGCCCUGGUUCGGGAGAACAACCUCCAGGACGGCCGCGCCCUCGGCUGGUCGUGGGUAGUCCUUUGGGGGGGGCGCCCCGCCCAGGGGCGCAGAAACAGGUCCGCGCGCCCUGGUAAGGCCGCGCCCUCGGUUGGUCUUGGGUAGCCCUUUGGGGGGGGGCGCCCCACCCAGGGGCGCAGAAACAGGCCCGCGCGCCCUGGUUCGGGAGAACAACCUCCCGGACGGCCGCGCCCCGCCCAGGGGCGCAGAAAAAGGCGCAUUUUUCCAGGGGGGCGCCGGCACCACGGGCGCCAAGCCACCCCGUUCUGUCGCAAAAAAAAAACCCUGCCGCAUCAUGGGCAAGAAAAGCCACCGCGGGUGGCCCUUCUUCGCCGCAAGGUCGCAGCGCGGGGACUCUGUCCCCGCGCCAUGACCUUGUUUGUGAUGCAAAGUUUUCAAAUGAAAACUUUUUGUCAUGCAUGAAAGGAGUAUGAACCUUUGUGAGGCAGAGUCUAGGCGUAUAUCGCAUUGCUUGCAUGCGAAGCGCCGCUCUUGCUGGGAUCUUGCGCAAUACAAAUUCUUUCUAUUCACGAUUGGAAAUCUGUGAUGCUGAUAGAUGCAAGAGGGCGAGUGUUUCAGUUGCAAAGGUUUGCAAUACAAAUGCUCCCAAGUUCGGGGGUGGGCGCAUUUUUCAUUUUGAUAGUGCACCGAAGACACCAGUCAGGCGGCCAAUUGGCAGGGCUACGACCUGGCCACCUGCAAGCUGCAGGGGAAAGUCUGUCCCGCCGCCUGGGCGGGGUGGUGCGCCGAGAAGGACGCGCUGCAACUUCCCGCGGUCACGACCGUGGACCAGUCCACUUCGCUGAAGGACACCCGGAUCGCCGAUUUGGACGUGUACUGCCGGGGGCGCGGGUACAACGGGACCGCCUCCAGCUCCUGCGCCUCCUUUUCGCGCAACCAGUUUACGGGCCACGUUUCCUACUUCCGAGCGGGGUGCACCCCGGAUCCAAAGGCCUUCAACCAGAUGCAGUGGAGCCUCACGCAGAACGAUAUCAAGUGCCGCCACCCUGGGCAUGUUCCAGCCCUGGGCACCUGCAACCACGCCUGGAUGGGGUGGUGCUCGAACUGGCAAGACAAAAAGAUUGGGGCCGGUAUGUACUACAAUGACCGGCCCUACACCGUCGCGGAGUGCCGGUACCUGUGCGCGGAGACGCCCGAGUGCGCCGGCUUCGCCCACAAGUUCGAGCACGGCAUCAACGACUGCAGCCUGUUCCGCGCGGGCUGCGAGAAGACAGUCGAGCUGCCCCGCGCCCACCGGUUCUACCACCUGAGUGAGUGCGCCAUCAGCGGGCCGGCACUGGACAUCACGGGGCAGUUUGUGCACUACUCGCACCUUCGUGCCGCUGCCAGCUCUGGUCACGACCCCAAAACGGCUAUCUUUCCGUACCGCCGCGCCGAGCACGACUAUACCGAGCAUGACUUCAUGGGGACUGAAGACACCCGCAUGUCUAAAGAAGGGCCUUCUGCGUGCCUCUCGAUUCUGAAGGGAACCGCUAUGGACUUCUCAACUGCUACAUUGUCAACUGUUACAUAAAUUUGUGAUGCAAGACUGGCAAUAAGUGAAAGGAAGAACAUUCCGCGUGUUGCAUGACAGAUUUGGCACAGGGACGCCCUGCGUCUUGAUGAAGAGAUAAUUUAAACAGGGACGUCCUGCCCUUAGUCUCCCAACAUGACAGAUUUGGCACAGAUUCUCAGCCUGUUUCCCCGUCUGCGAGUUUGUCAUGCGAAGCAGCUUGAUGGCGUGGAUAGUCCAGGCAAUUGCGCAUGGCAAAUCAUGAUGCAACAAUUGAGAAUGUACCGUUUGAGAGCCCCAUCACCGCGCCGGCGGGUUCGUGGGAGGUGGAAUUCCGCGAUAACCAGUUUCUAUCCUGUGCAAUAGUAUCGUACUCGUAUUGCAAUCAUGCAAUACAAAUCAAAAUGGGGAUCUCACAACACAAAUCUCGUUUGGGUUUCGUGAAAGAAAAAUAUCCGUGGGUUUUACAGGGAAAUACAGAAACACAGGUCGGUAUAGACAGAAUAAGUAUCGGUGAGCUUGUUUUUCGAUUCGUCUGCGAUGCGUUGGUUUCGUGAAAUAAUAAACACAUGGAAUAGUUUACGGUUAGUUGAUAGAAUUUUUAAAAAAAGAAAAAAGUAGACAUGCACAGACUGAAAAUCAUGAUACAAGCACCUCCCCACUGGUGGGGAGGUGUAUCCUUGAAGAUGACUUAUCUUAAAAAACUGUAGCCGAGGUGUGUUUCUGUGUUUUCCUGUUUUUUUUUUGGAUAACUGCACUCAGGGGAAAUGAGAGAAGGUGAGAGAUGCAAAAGAGACGAGAGUGCUAUUAGCAGCUAAAAGGAGAAAAUGCCCUUGCUGCAAUUUAUGUUUUCUAUUGUCGAAAUCUCCAGCCACCGUUGGUCAUGAAAAAAGUAAAUAACAGGAUGGCUUAUAUUAUCAUUGGCGCAUUUUUAUGUGUUUCCCACGCUGGCCUCUAUGCCACGUGUGCUCCCUGCUGGAUUCCCUGCGAGGAAAAUUGCCAAGAUAAUAUAAAUCAAAGUAUUAAAGUCAGAUUUUAGAUCUGGCAGAAUACUGGAGAACAGAGACAAUAGAAAAUAUCGACGAACACCGGCACCAGAAUAAAUAUGAGAUGACAUGAAUUGGAAUCCGAGCUAUAGACUUUAUUUCAUUUACAACGUAUUAGCUUUGCAUCUUCUGUUACGCAUAACUUUGAAGUAAUGCAUCUAGUAUAUAGAGGUGUCUAAGAAGACGGGGUUGUGAGCGGCUGGGAGUAAGUUUUAACUAAAAACGGGAUUUAUGAACGGCUAGCUGCAACUCCUGAAAAUUAUACACGCUCUCGGAAGGCAUGGAAAUAGAAACUAUAUGCAUUACAAACUAAGAAGCUCGCAUGUACAAAGUAAAAGAAAUAAAGAAAAAAUAUAGUAAGGUCUCCAUAUUUUUCCGAUACGCCCACCCAAGACGCAGCCGGAUACAGAGCGAGAGGACGCAGAUGUGUGAGCGGGAGACCAGCUUAGAUUAGACCAAUAAACAUGUAUCCUGAAUGAAAAGUGAAUAAUUAUCAAACAAGAAAUAGAAAGUAGAUAGAUUGAAAAUUGAUAGAAAAAUAUAUAACAAAUUCGACAAAAAACAGAGGACAAAAUGGGGAGAAAAAAUCGCAGGAAGGCCCAAACGGGAACCGAAGCCGAGAUUACGAUACAUCUUCGUGCCAGAAUAUGGAAUGAGCAUCUACUCAAGAACAACACGAAUCUGUCGGAUGCAAUCAAGAAGCACCCGCACAAGGACAAAAAUCAAGUAGGAAAAAAAAUAUACGUCUGCCGGCACUGCUAUGACACCUUCCCAAACCAAACAAGACACUCGGGCCACCAGACAACAUGCGGCAACGAAGAUCUGAUCUGCGAAGACGUCAGCAGUCUAAUUCUCGAUGAGAAUUAUUUUGAAGUCAUGCAUGUUGAUUUUGAUACUGAUGAGACUAAAAAUACUGGCAUGACAACCAUUAUCUGGGUAAAUAAUCCGAAAAGGGAUCAGAUGAAGCGUCAUGGUUGUAGUGGCAAGUUUGUGUGUGGUAACUGCGAAAUCGCGAACAGUAACAACUACCGCUUCUUAGUUAUGCAUCAUCAAACCUGUCAGCGCUCUAUAGAUAGGGCGUUGAAGGUGCAGCGACUAGGUUUAGGUAGGAGCACCCGGCAGUGCUUUCGUUGCUCUGCAAAUGUGCUAGCCCUGCGCGCCCAUAUUAUUCAGCAUAACAAACUUGAUAAUGCAAAAUAUGUCAGCACCAAGAAACUGAUAAACUUAGAUAUAUUUAAUUGGGACGAAUGUGUAGCAAUGUCAGAUGUAAUAUUGGAGGAAGCGAACUGGGGCGAGUUCCUGCCGGUGUUCAUGAACGCGCAGUCGAUACACACGAACGGGGUGGGGUACUACAUUAUUGACUACCUGGACUCCUUUGGGCCGCAUGUGGUGGGAAUUAACGAGACCGGGGUUUCCAACCUGGACGACACGUGGUACAUCAAGCAGUUUCUCGAAAUGGGGUACCGCGUCCUCAUCUGCCCGCAGGUGUUGAGAAGAAAGAAGCAGGGGUGUACGAUGGUGCUGAUUCGGGCGUCAGUGAAACUGGUGAACAUUGUGGAGAUUGGCGACACGGACGGCACGGAAAUGAUCCACGUCCAGCUGGAGAUGUGCAAGAAAAUAUUCGACGUGAAAGUGUUGUACGCGCAACACGGGAAGCUGGAUACUACCAUGAUGCCAAUCAGCAGUGGAGUGGUAAUGGGAGACCUGAACGCACGAUCGCGGAUGUGGGACGUGGAGACAAACGACAACGGAAAAAAAUUGGAAAAGUUUCUACGGGGGGAAACGGGAAAGAACCUCAUCUGCGCGAACGACCCGAAUACCAGCACGAGGAUUAGCAAGACCGCGCAAACGUCUCCGGACGUAGUUUUGUACACAGACGACUUUGCAGAUGUGGAGCAUUUUGAUGCUAUUUUGCCUUUCUUCGAAGAAAAAAUCUCUCGCAAUGAGCUCCCGCUUGGAGAGUUGUCCCGCAACAUGCAUGACGGGGAAAUGCAUGACCUUCUUGUAGAGCUGGAUGUUGAUCCGACUAGUACUGAAGAACCUACAGGGACUCCUGCAAACGUCUCAAUCUCGCGAGGGCAACAUGAGCAUGAGGGACAGAUGUCAAUUGCAAACGGUUUGGAGUUGCUACGGCUUGAUGAUGCUGAAAUACCCCCUGACAGCCCCCCGCAGAGAAGAAGGUUAUCUGAGGAGUCGGAUUUUGCCGGUCUAAAUCCUGCUGCGGAAGUUGAUGAAGAUGAACUUUUUGCGCUUUCUCUAGAUCAGAUCCCGGAGCCAGAAAGCGACAUGACCUUUAGAGGAGUAUCAGGAAAGCAGAAAACAGGCAAGACUGCGAAGCAGAACAUGAGCAGACCAAGGAGUAAGUCAGCUACUAGCGCCAGUGAUGAUGGGGAUGACGCGGCGGGUGAAGAAAUAGGGUCAUUGAGAACAGCAGUACUAUCUAGAAAUAGGGGGGCAGAGUCCUCCUCAUCAAGUAGUGCUAACGCUAGUAGGAAUGUAAUGCAUGCUUCUGCAUCUACUAGUGUGAACGCUGAUAGCUUUGGUGACAUUGUGAUGGGUUUUGAGUCGAUGAAUAUUGCGGAUGUGCAUGAUACAGGUACGGGGGGAUCGAAAAAGAAAAGCAUCUCAAAGUCAAAAAAUUUACAAGCAGACAAUAAAAAGAAAAACAAACGGAGUACCACGCAGCCUGCCCGAGGAGCGGCGAGGACCAAGAAGGCGGAGGUGGACAAUACGGAACUGGAAGAAAGAAGGAGGGAAAGAAAAGCAGCCGCAGAUCGAGCUAGAGAGAAAGGAAAAAUGUGGCAUAGUUGCUCCGAUCAUUGUCUUGUAGAAACAAGAUUUGUAUUGAAAAACGCCAUUCCUGACAUCCCGGACAUGCAUGAGUAUGAUGCUGAAUGGGGGGGAGUAUCUCUUGAUUUGCAUGAUAGUCCGUGCAUGAAUGAGGAAGAAGUUGCAGACAGGUACGCAAAGAACCUUCCAAGAUUUAUUUUUGAAGAAGGGGUUGAAGUGAAAAAACAAAAAUGGGUGGGGCCUUUCAAUGAAUCCAUAACAAAGGUGAUGCGGACUUCGCGGAUUAUGAAGGAGGGAUGGACAAAACUGCGACCGGUUUUCGCGCAGAAGGAGCUACAAAAGUUACAGAGGGUGAUCAUCUCGUCUGCCAAAGAACAUCUUCCAGGGAAGCGGGCUGCGAAGUCUACUGCGCCGGGAAGCAGGGAUCCGAAGCGAAAGAAAGCAGCGGGAAAUGGAAGUAGUGCUGUAAACGGUUCCAACGUACAGGAGCCUGCUGAUGAAGGUUCUGGCGAAGACUGCGACAGCCUUGACCCGAAGAAACGGUGGGAUGUAAUUAAUAAAACAGUUCGGGAUAAGCAGAAGUGGUCAACUGGAUUUCCCUCGCAACUAAUAGCAAAGGAGUGCCGGGCGAAAUAUUAUCGACGGGUAACAGGCGACCACUCUGUAGGAGAAGACGAGAAUGAAAAAGCAGACAAGCUGAUCAAGAAAAAGAAAUUAACGCAAAAGCCAAUCCCGUCCGAAGUAACAUUAGACCACAGAAAAAUUGUGUCCUACUUUCACACACAGUACAGAACGAGGCCUGAGCUUGUAUACCAAAAGAAUGGAAUUUCUGGGGACGAUUUCAAAGAUUUGCAAAAUAAAGCCUAUGAAACAAAACGCGCUCUGCAAGAAAUAGGCAAAAGGCAUGUUGAUGAUCGGGUGGCAAGGGGGGACUAUUGGCACCUUUCCUAUGUGGAGUUCAGGUCUGCACUGCGAAGACUGGGAACGGGACGCAGCCCGGGUGACGAUGGCAUCGCACACGAACUCAUACUCGCGAUGGAAGGACUACCGCUAGAGGUGUUGUACCGCAUCUACUACCUGCUGCUGAAGCAUUGCAGAUACCCGGACGCUGCGCGGGACAUAAUCCUCGCCCCGGUAGCAAAGACACCACAGCAGCCUUGGGUAGAAUCACUUUUCAGACCAGUAUCGCUAAUAUCUGUAUUGGGGAAAAUAAUGGACAUUCUACUUGAUAGACGAUUUUGCAUAUACUUAGAAGGAUGGAGCUGGGUUGGUAGUCAAAGGCUCGCGCGUUCCAAGUCUCCUAUGUUGCCGGUCUAUUCUGUUGCUUACCGUCUUGCAUUUUUUAAGGAGCUAUGUGCAGUCAGAAUGUUGGAUUUCUUGUUCUCGGACCACUUCUUUCAAGCCGUCGGGCAAGAAGCAUGAAAAGACAUUCAUCAUCCUUAAUGAUAAUGAGGCGGGUUUCGACGUUGUCGACCACUCAACGCUCCUCAGCACGAUGGUUGAGUUCGAAGUCCCUGAUGAUCUUGCAUUAUCCGCGUUGGACUGGUUGCAUGACAGGAAACAAAAAAUAAGAGACCCUGACGCCCUGAGACCCAAACCAGUGAAACACGACGGCAGCGUGGUUUUCUUGUGUUUAGAAUGACGAAAAAUAAAUACUCAUAGCAUCGUGAUUUCGAUUUCUCUUGUUUUUUGGGGGAUCCGCCUCUCCACGGGGAUCCGCCCGCUCCCCGGGGAUCCGCCUGUUACUCGGGGAUCCGCCCGCUCCCCGGGGAUCCGCCUUCGCCCAGGGGAUCCGCCCGUUCCCCGGGGAUCCGCCUUCGCCCAGGGGAUCCGCCCCUUCCCCGGGGAACCGCCUUCGCUCAGGGGAUCCGCCCGCUCCCCGGGGAUCCGCCUUCGCGCAGGGGAUCCGCCCGCUCCCGGGGAUCCGCCUUCGCUCAGGGGAUCCGCCCGCUCCCGGGGGUCCGCCCGCACCCCGGGGAUCCGCCUUCGCCCAGGGGGUCCGCCCGUUCCCCGGGGAUCCGCCUUCGCCCAGGGGAUCCGCCUGCUACUCGGGGAUCCGCCCGCUCCCCGGGGAUCCGCCCGCUCACCGGGGAUCCGCCUUCGCCCAGGGGAUCCGCUUGUUCCUCGGGCAUCCGCCCGUUCCCGGGGGAUGCGCCCGUUCCCCGGGGGCUCCGCCCGCACCCCGGGGGAUCCGCCUUCGCCCGGGGGGCCCACCGGUUCUCCGGGGGAUCCGCCCGCACCCCGGGGAUCCGCCUGUUCUGCGGGGGAUCCGCCCGCGCCCCGGGGGGUCCGCCGGUUCUUCGGGGGAUCCGCCCUCGCCCCGGAGGGCCGGCCCGCCUCCCGCGGAUCCGCGCGCCCUCGGGGGGUCCAGCCUACGAACUUUCUUUGGGGGGAUCCUCCUCAGCUCGGGGGAUCCGCCCUCGCCCCGGUGCGUUCGCCCCAGCCUCCGGGGAUCUCCCCUUGCCAGGAGGGAUCCGAUAUUCGUGCUUGCCCCUCGGACUGCGCCGGCGUCGCGGGGUUUCACUCCCUCCCCGACGGACACCCGGCCAGCCCGGGGCGGGUGCGCCCUUGCGCCAGAGGCUCCCGCCUUAGGGGUCCUUGCCCUUGCCGCGUUGGCGGUGGGCACGGGCACCGGCACCGGCAAACCGGCGCACAUUUCUUGUUUCGGCUUGGUUCUUCCAAGUUGUCAGCGUGUUGCUGGUUGUCAAAGCGGCGCGUUGACAACCAGCAGCAGGAUCGAGAUGCGACAACCACACAGAAACAGGAGGCGUCCGCACAACCACCCGAGGCCUUGAGAAUCGAGAGAAUGCGCGCCGGUUUGCCGCGAUGCCCUGCACUCGAGUGCGUUCCAAAAUCUUCCAAAAUGUGCGCCGGUUUGCCGCGGUGCCCGAAAUCGACGCUGUGCCGGCGGGGAAAGACCGCGAAGGACGGCGCGAAUCCGGCCGGAGGAUUCCGGAGAGGAUUUUGGAAUCCUCUCAGGAAUCCUCUUCCGAAAUCGAGGCAAUACCGCCGGGGGAAGGGCGCGGAAGACGGCUCAACUUGGGCCAGAGGGUUCCCGAGAGGAUUUCGGAAUCCUCUGCGGAAUCCUCUGUGGAAUCCGCGCCCGGAAUCGAGGCAGUGCCGUCGGGGAAAGGGCGCGAGGGACGGGCCAACUUGGGCCAGAGGAUUCCUGAGGGUGGGGAUUUUGGAAUCCUCUGCAGAAUCCUCUGCGGAAUCCUCUCGCGAAAUCGAGGUAGUGCCGCCGGGGUAAGGGCGCGGAAGACGGCUCAACUUGGGCCACGGGAUUCCUGAGAGGAUUUUGGAAUCCUCGGCGGAAUCCUCUGCGGAAUCCUCUGUGGAAUCCUCCCCCGAAAUCGAGGCACUGCCGCCGGGGAAAGGGCGCGGAAGACGGCUCAACUUGGGCCAGAGGAUUCCUGAGAGGAUUUUGGAAUCCUCUGUGGAAUCCUCUGCGGAAUCCUCUGUGGAAUCCUCCCCCGAAAUCAAGGCACUGCCGCCGGGGAAAGGGCGCGGAAGACGGCGCAACUUGGGCCAGAGGAUUCCUGAGAGGAUUUUGGAAUCCUCUGAGGAAUCCUCUAUGGAAUCCUCCCGCGAAAUCGAGGCACUGCCGUCGGCGAAAGGGCGCGAGAGACGGCGCAACUUGGGCCAGAGGAUUCCUGAGAGGAUUUUGGAAUCCUCUCAGGAAUCCUCUGCGGAAUCCUCCCCCGAAAUCGAGGCACUGCCGUCGGGGAAAGGGCGCGGGGGACGGCUCAACUUGGGCCAGAGGAUUCCUGAGAGGAUUUUGGAAUCCUCUGCGGAAUCCUCUGCGGGAUCCUCUGCGAAAAUGUGCGCCGGUUUGCCGGGGCCGCCAGGUUGCUCGCAAUCCGCAGCCGACUGUGGCGAUCUGGGCGCACGAGACUGCAACGCAGACGCGGCGCGGUUGUGCAAACAAACAGCAGCGGAGUCCUUGCGCGCGCCGCGUUUUCGGUUGCAUUGCAACACACUUUAGCACGAGCUAAGCCGAAGGUUUCCCGGGAAACCUUAAACGACCUUGCCCGAGCGGAAUCCAUUGAUUUCUGGGUCUCACAGCGUCACUUUCUCAAAAAUAAAGACCGAUGAUAACUCGUGGAGCUUAUCUCCCGGCAUGCCGCAAGGCAGUCCUUUCAGUGGUUCUGCGUUCAAUAUCCAUAGCCAGAAACUGAUAAAAAAAAUGGAGAAGAUAAACGGCCCCCCGCUCGGAACACAAGGGCAGUAUUCCGAUGAUAAUAAUCAAGGCGGGAGCGGAGAGAAGGAGAGGGCGACCACGGUGACGGAGGAGCUGGUGAAGGAGGGAAGGGAACUAUUUAUUUUUUUCGAGGGUGACAAGGCCGAAGAAAUUUGGUUUGAAACGAAGCAGAACAACAACAAGAAACUUCUAGAAGCCGAGGCGAAAAAUAAAGAGGUACGGGACCCAAGAGAACUUGCAGGAAGUUCAUUAGGAUUCUUCUUCGAUGGAACAUGGACUAUGUCGUCGCACUAUCUUAUCAUGUCUGCUGAAGGAAAAAAAGAAAUGGCCAACGUUGCACGAAUCAAGAAGCUUCGCUUCUCUUGUAGAGUUGACGUAUUCCGAGCUCUUGCAUACUCUGCAUUUUUGUCGAAUUCGGUGCCAAUGUAUGUCUAUUUUUCGGCCGCUAACAAAGCAAAAAUCCAAAAAGAUGUCGCAAAAGGACUGAAAUUAAUGGCAUUCCUACCAAUGCAAUGCCCAAGUGCCAUCCUCUUUCAUGCGGCAGCUUUACCGAGUAUCACGGCGGCCUUCAUUGUCGAGAACGUGAUGGCGUUCUGGAAACAAGCAGCAAUAGGGGCGGGAGAGAUGGGAGAUUAUGAAGAAAUAAAAAAGAAAUGCAUCGAGGAAAACUUCACUUCGACUUCAGCAAUAGAAGCGCUCCAAAAAACAUACAAACAGGCAUGGACAUCGAUUAUGCAGCGCAUCUCUGUCAUGUGUUUCCCGGACAUACAUGAAGCCCUUAUGGCGCAAGGACUUAAAAUUGGCAGAGUGUACUGGAAAGGGGUAAGACUCCAGGUGCGAACGAUGGCGACAGUGGCGCGGGAUUUUGGGUGUAGUGACCUCACCAAACUUAACGAGGAGGAGAAACAGCAUCUACGGAUCAGCAUCGCAUGGAAGCAGCAGGAGAUGAUCACGGGUUUGCUACGGUCCUCGAUGCAUCGGAUGGCUACCACAACAGACGGAACGGUGGACAAUCAGAGGAACCACGGCGCUGCGGCAGGAGUAACGUGGUGGCAUGAUGCAUAUCGAUUGGAGGACGUAAAAAGAGAUGAUGGAUGGGUUCUGGAAGGUAGAGAAACAUAUCCCGAGCCAAUUGUCGUAAGCUAUGCAUAUGUCAUGCCGCCAUACCACAUGUCUGACUUGGUUCGGGUAGACUGUUUCGAUGCUGAAGGAUUUGGCUUCAUCCAUCAUCUCGAAAAGUUGAGACUCGCACUGCUAUCCUCGGGAGCAAGAUUUAGUAUACGCGAAUUCCAUUUUUUCCUGGACUCGAACUCGUACUGCGAAGCGAUGGAGUGUUUUGGGGACAAGUCAAACCCGCUGGCGAUUAAGGGCAUGCUGCUGAUGGAGGAAAUUCGGGAAAUAUGCCUGGGCACCGCGGGUCCAGAUCCGGCGGAAGGAGAAGUUCUUUUUGCGAUCUACUACACGCCAGCGCACUGCGGGAACUGGUACAACGACUGCGCAGAUGCCACGGCAACUAGGGCGAUGCAGGAGUGGUGGAAAGGGCACAAGUCCCAUCAAGAUGGAGACUCGGCACUAGGAAGCGUUUACUUGAAGCAAAUCACCGCCCCGCUACUGCGCCAAGUCGCGACGAAACUUGUAAUGCAGGAUGAGUUUUCACGGUGUAAAUCGGUUUCGUCAUACAUGCUGGACAGGAGACAACGCCUUGGGCCUUAUCGUCCCCCUGCGGGUUGCCUUAGAUCAAGGGAGGCCGAAUUGCUAUACUUCUGGCGCUACCUAGGUAUUGCACAGAAAGGACAUCUUUUUUGCGACGAAAUUCUGUUUGAAGGAGCGGAUGGGCAGGGGAUUUUCAAGCAAAAAUGCGCAAGGUGUGGUGGGGUGUUCGACUGUGUAGUAGACCAUGCUUUAUUCACAUGCCCAAAAAUUGAAAGUGUCCGCCGGAGACACUUAGGACAAAACGCAAUACCAAAAGAAUUGGGCAUGAAUAAGCUAGAUAGUCCGAAACUAAUGCUGACUUUCAUAUGUGACGCAGAAGCCGGACUAACAACGGAGUACUACCGGCGGGAGGUGGCCAAGACGCUGGAAAGAACAGGCACAACUAUGAACAAAACAAAAAAAUCAAAACCACGGGAGCCGAACAGUUUCGAACAACAUCUUCAGGAGAUGAAAAUCUUCAACGAAAUGUUUGGCAUGCGGAGAACCAGAACUGCAACAGCGGCGGGAGCAUCGCAACAACUGCCGGCGGCGCAACCACAUCUUCAUCAGUCCGCACCAACGACUGCAGGGCAACAACCAGUACGACCAGCGGUGGAGGGAACAUUGAGCGGCAGCUUGCGUGCAGGUACUGGAGCGAAGACCGUGGAGGCCGGGAUGACGUCUACUACUACUUCGUCGUCGAUUUCUUUACCAGUGCCUUCGCUCCAGCCAAAGGUCUCAGUUUGGGAAUCUGGACAGAGAAGAGAAAAAGAGCGCAUGGACCGGGUGAAGAGGACCUACGGAGGAAAAAAAUGGGUGUGCACAAGCAGGCUGUUAAGUGCAUACGAACUGGAAGAUGACAGCAGCACGGAGUUUUACAUCGAAAGGACUUUUUUCUGCGAAAACAUGGGACGAGAAGAGGAACGGGUUGAGGGAGUUUGGUUUUAUGUUGACAGCACAGGACUGCACCAGCCGUCGGACUCGGAGAGAAGUGGGUGGGUUGGAUAGUAUGGUAAAAAUAAAAUAAUUCUUUAAAAAGGCAAAUGUGAAAAGUAUAAUGCAAGUCUCCACUGGUAGUUCGCUUUUGUUCUAUGCUUUGCACUGCUGUUUUUUUUUCCAUGCCCUGUUGCAUCUCUCUGCAGCCCCGGUGUGACAGUCUCCACUCGAUAUAUAUGCUCAGGGUGGACCUCGGGCCCUGGUGGACCCCGAUCACCAGGUGUAGGCUUCUUUCUACUUAGUGGUGCACUAGCUGCGAUUACCAGUUGAGACCAAAUCUGUAAUGCAGAAAUGAUACAUGCCUUCAUUAUUUGUUUUUAGGUAUUACUCAUGAUGAGAUCAUGGAUUACCACGCUAGUUGACAGUAAAAAAGUAAAAAGGGUCAAAAUGAAAAAAGAAAUAAAGAGAGGUAAAUACGCGGGGAACAGAAGAGGAGAUGAAUUUUAUUUACAGAACAAGAAGGAUCUGGACAAGAACACGGAUUUUUAAUGGAAUCACGGAUCAAGAGCAUGAUGACCAAGCACACGGGGGGAAUUGUCGUGCUGAUCCUGAAUUUGGCCGCCGACCUGUGCUCAGAAUCAGGCUGGGUAUAAGAAAUUCGACACACACUUGUACGAAGCGAUGGUGAUUACCUUUGUUCCGCUGGUAGAGUGUUGGACUCGCAGACGCGGCUGAGGGGUGUUAGCGGACCGGGACGCGGAACCAAGGCUGCAGCGGGUUCAGGACUCUAUCAGUCAGGGCAUAGGGGGGAGUUGCUGGUGAGAUGUCACAGGCGGUCGAAUGAUGAAGAAGAAGGUUACGUUAAAAAUACAAUAAAGAAAUGAGUGCAAAGGGACCACUAACAUGACAUCAGAAAAAAUCACGCAAGUCGUAUAUGUGCUGCUUCUCUUUGUCUUCUAUGUAGCAGGGAUCAGGUCCUUGCUUCUCUGUCUGGUCUGUAGAUGGCUCGAGGCUGUACUGGGGGUGCACAGUCACCAUUACUCAUAUGUUCGGUAGGAUUAUCUUUUUGUCUCUUGUUUUGCUCCGAUCUUCUUGGAUCUUUCCUUCCCCCUUUAUUUUGUAGCGGCCUCUCCCCGUUCCGUAGUCUCUCUGCCGUCAGGAGCUGCUCCAUAGAUCUUUCCUUUCCUUUUUUUCCAGGCCGGUGUUUGUUUGUCUCUGCUGCUUGAUCUAGGUUUCCUAUCUGCUACGCGCAUGUGUACCUUUGUGCCCGGAAGUUUUCUUUUAAACAUGAAGCACGAAUAUGGCGAUAGGCAUUGACAGACAAGACCCCUACAAAAUCUUCAGUCCCGACCACCCCCAGAGUGGGACUGAAGAAAUAUUUUAUAAAUUUGCAAUGCGUGGGAAAGGAAAAAAUGGCGCGAGAAAAUAACGACGAAGCAGCACGAGACGAGAUAGCCGUAGCGCAAUAUAGCGAUGAUAUUGCGGUUGCUGUACCGAUGGGAGCAAGACAAGGACCGAUGGGACUGGAAAUGCUGCAACACAUCCGACGGGUGCUAGGACAAGCAGAACCCCAAGCACGCCCCCGACAUGAAGCGAGUCAUCACAUAUUGGCACUCGACAUCAACAACUUCUUCAACGCGGUGCCAGCCCAUGAGCAACGGGCGGAGGGGGGCGGCGAUGCUGAACGUGAUGGGCAAGACGAUGAAGAUCAGGCGGACCAAAUUGAUGGCGCAGGACAAGCUGCAGAACAUGCCGGGGGAAACCGAAACACGAGGAGAAUUAUGGGGAGACACAGCGUCCGAUCACGAAGAAUUUAGAUACCUUCAUGAGAUAACUUUAAUGUAGAAGUGAAAAAAGAACGGCAAGGAGGCUGACAUCUGGUGGGCGCUAAACGGAAACAAAAUGCGAACGAAGUGACGCUGACAGUGAAAAACAAAAUAGACGAAUGCUGCUGGUGACAUUGUACCUGCUGGAGUAUAGACGAUAAAGAGGUACCCCCAAAGUAAAACUUACUCUCUUGGUGUGUUCACAAAUGCUGCAAUGAUACAAAAACAUCUACAAGAAGAUAAUUUAUGCAUGUAGUUAUGGUCUUCCGCUCACACUUACCUCGGGCCGGUAGAUGACCAACUGAUAUGGGACAUACGCAAUGAAUCUAUUAGCAUAAACACAGGCUUAUCAUUCUGAAUUCUGCAUGCAGCAAGUCUUUACCUCUAUUUUCUGAUGCUGUUCUUCUCGGCAGCAUCUAUCUCUCCUUCAUGUCGAUGUUCAUUAUGACUGAGUUUUGAUAGGUAUGAGAUGAAGGGCGAUAGAUGGGCCUGCGCAUGACAGAGAUGUUCAAGAGGAGGUAAUGCAAACAUAAGUGAAGUAUAAGCCGAAGAAUGAUAAGAAAAAGGAAAUGCUAAUAUUUCUUUUUAGGUCUGCAUAAAUUCGAAAGAAAGCAAGGGCUGUGGACGGGAAAGGUAUAUUCUGCGUAGGUCCGCUCUGCGGUCUACGCACAACUCGACGAAGAUCCGGAACUUUAUAUGCUGUUUUAUAUGAUGUCGGUUGUGUUUUUAUAUGCUGUGGAUCGCAUCGGAUCCGGCUGGGGCAAUAUGAUUUUGCAUGUGUAUCAUGAGGUAGCCCACGGCGGAGAGGACCACUGUCCUCGAGUCGUUAACUAAAACGAGUGCUUUGGACGUUAACUAAAACGAGUGCGUUGCGCGGGUUUAGGGUUCCCCCGGUUUGUAUCUCCCGGUGGCAUGCUUUGAAGGGUUUAGGGUUUCGAAAGAAUUUAUACCGCAUGACGCGUGACGGGAGCACGCUAAGCGCAGCGGGCGGGUUCCGUUCUCGCCGUAACACAAUUCCAGAAAGAAAGAAAAAGUCUGCCCACGUAAAGGAAAACGAAUCCGCGCGCUCGGCGUGGUAGCUACCCCCAUGCCGUUCGGGUUUUACUUUUAGCAGCCACUGGCAUCACAAAUUGCGGUCUUCCGAUCCUCGCCGAUGAUUUUCGUCUUAUCUUCUUUUGUGGCCGGUGCCUUCGAUUCGAGCUUGAUCGCGAUCUCUUGUCGACCACCGAUGUCGACCUUUUGCAGCAUGCACGCACAAACGGGAUUUUCGAAAACGGAGGGGGGGGGGAAGGGACCCCCAUUUGUUUGCCGCGGCGCGAAGCCGCAAAUCUGUGGGCCACGUCUACCACCAGAAGUAUUCCGCCCGGGGGCCGCUCCAUGAAUUGAAUUGAAUUGAACUGCCCCCCAGCCCUGGCAAAAAAAAAAAAAAUCAUGCAAUGCAAAUCCUUUUUCUACGGUAAAUCCGCAUUACAAAAUCUAUUUGUUUCUCAUUCCGAAUGAAUGAAUGCUGAGGAAAUUUGUAAUGCAUUUAUACGAGUGCGAUACUUUUGCAGUUCAUAGCUUCGCAACCUGACCGGGGUGGUGUUCUUCGCCCACGCAACUGCUCUCCGCUGCCCUGGUGGGGGAAAACCAGACACGCUAGAGUACGAGGGCGUGUCGGAUGCGGACGGGGUCACUCCCACGACGUUCUCCCUGGACCUGACGGGCUUUUCCCUGGCGACCACCGGAACCUGGAUUCCGCUCGGGCGCGCGGUGCGGAAGCUCAAGAUCCUGAAGACCAACAACCACCUGUGUUUUUGUGGCCUAUCACUCUACCGGCUUCCGCCACCCCCGGAGGGGGAGGACUCUGGGGGAUCCAGCAGUUCGGAUUCCGGCAGUACUACCUCGACCGAGACAACCACGCUAUCAAAUGUAAAAAAAAGACUCGGUCUGGAAGAAUGCAACUUGUGAUGCUAACUUUGGAUUCUAAAAAAAUCUGUAUUGCAUGACCAGCAAGAGCCGCCCAGUUUGUGCUACGCGGGGAGGGCAUUUGCCAUGCGGGAUAGGCAUCAGGAACGCCUCUAGUUCAUGAUGCUAGGUCAUGCAUUACAGACAUCCUGAGUCAUGCAAAAUAUGCAUGACAAACCUGGUAACCUUCCAGACCCAGACAUUUUUACAUUUGAUACACGCCGGGCGAGGACGACUUCACGCGGAUCACCAACACGUUUCCGCGGCUCGCCCCCGGUGCCGUUCCGGUGGAGAAACCGCUGAAGAGCCCCUCCUGCUACGGCGGGGUGCGGCUGGAGUAUGCCGGAGUAUGGGACACGGUGGACAGCAGCUCGGAGGGCACGGACGAAAGUGGCGUGGCGCUUUUGAAAACGUACCCGGUCUCGAGGCAGGCACCGGCCACCACCGGCACGGGAACGGCCUUCUUCCUGACGCCCAACCCCGCACGUGCGGGGAGCUGUUGGGAGAGUGCGGCAGGCGAUAGUAGCAUCUACUGGAAGGUGGAAUGGAAGGUGGGAGCGGGGAAUACACAUAUCAACGCCCCGGCGAUGAUCCGUCUGUACAACUACGCGGCCGCCUACACCAGUUUGCCCGGCAACAGCGGAAAGGAAAAUCGCUUGAAGAAGGCCCGGGUCAGAGUUAGUCGCACAUUUAAUAUGUAUGGAUGGAGCUUUGGAGGGACUAAUCCUGUCCUCGGUUCGUUGGACCCUGAUGCGGACCCACCGGCCGCUUGUUUUCCACCGAGCCCUACGAGUCAUUUAUAUCCAGACUGGGCAGCCGACAAUUGCCGAGUGGUGGAGGAUUUGUCUCCCCUGUACGACCCCGCCACGCGCUACAUAGACAUCCCGUUUAUGCAGCACUGGCGAGUCGGGCUUCCCAAUGGCGCGCCGGGUGUGCAGGAUAACGGGGAGGGACCCGAUACGAAGGGCAUCGAGAUUUCCUGGAAUGCCGCGCGCCAUGGAGCCCCCGGGGGGAGCGAUAUCAUCAACGUGUGUGGAUUAGUGGUCCUGGAAGAUUACAGCACGCGUGUCUUGGACGGCCCGUCCGAAAAGUACUUGGCGUCCGCUCUUCCAAUCGACUUGUACAACGCCUCCGAAUAUUCGCAUGUGCUUUUCGACUGGAAAACGGAGUAUGGUCCAACGCAGGAACUUUACCUGGACGGGCCCCCCUUCUACGACGACUGGCGUCCGCUGGUGGUGAACGGGACCGCAGCGGAGUUGGCCGUACCACACGUUUCCGACGGGGAGAUCCUUCCUGGGUGGUGGUUUUCGUGGUACGCGGCCCACAAUGGUCCCGUGGUUCUAGCCGCCCUGCUGAUCGAGAUCGAUUGGAAGGACCAGGGCUGGGGCAACCGCAAGGGGGGUCUGCAGCUGGAGCGGGGUGGUGUGGUCUACAAUGUCGAGUUCGCGCCCAAGUCGCGCCAGAAAGAGCUCCAUGUGGUCACUGGCUGUGACAGCGAUUUUUCGUUUCUGACCGCGGAAGAGCUUUCCGAAGGGGCGGCACGCACAAAAAUCAAGAUCAAUCAGCGGCUCGGGCACGGCAGCGGCCACGUGCUGCACCUGCUCGACUUGAAGAUCCACGGCCUCCUGCUUCCGCAAAGAAAACGCCCCGCCGCUCGUCGAGCGCUCCAAGAAGACAGAGCACCACGUACUGGUGGACACGCGAACAAGCCAGAACAAGGCAGUAGUAAUACUAGGAGAGCAACAAGCAUGUCGAGCAACGACCGUGAGGACGAGGACAACACUGAGAGGUCAGCGCGGAGCAGCAGACAUGAGUUACGCGAGCAAGACGAACAGCGUGACCCGGAUCAUGCAGAAGUCUCUUCUUCGAAACCUAAGCUGCGGGGCGGGGGAGCCCCCAAAAAUAUGAUGAGCGUGCAAAGAGAAGAACGACAAGACGGCGCGCAACUACCCCCUCCUGCACAAAAUCAAAAAAUGAAUCAGCAGACGAGCAGAGGACAAGGACUUCCGGAAAAAGAAAAGAACAGCGAGCCUACUACGGCUGCGGCGGACCACGAUGAUCCCGGCGACAAGGACCGAGGCAGUGCUCGUCCUGUUGACACGGCCCGCUUGCAGGAGUAUGUGAUAGAGCUUGACUAG